CAAGGUUCUGGGAUGCGGUAACAUCUCAGUGAGCCGCGGUUUAUGUCGUGGACACGGUGGAGGUCGGCGCUGUCACUACAUUGGCUGCUCGAAGAGCGCCCAGAGCCGCAGUGUUUUCUGCUGGUCACACGGAGGGGGUCACCGCUGCGAGGUUGAAAGCUGCAUGCGCAGCCGCAAGUCCAAGCGUUUCUGCGCGGAUCAUGUGAGCCUGGAAAGUGAACUAAUACCGGAGACGAACGGCUCGGUGGUGCACCCGAAAGUAAACAGCGGUCGAUGCUUGCCAGGCUUGCAAGAAGCGCUAAGAAGUACACAGCAGUCGUCUUUGAUACUCUAGAUCAGACUACGUAACAGGCUUGAUAGUGGCUAAGUUAAUCUACCUGUCCAAGUUCAUCUCG